AGUGGAGGGGCCAUGAUUGCGGGGAGCUGGGUCCUUCUCUUUGCGGCCAUUGUCAUUGCCAUUGUCAUCGAUUUAGGGAUCUGAUCUCAGAUGGAGUUUGUCUCUUUUUAUUGUUUGUUUUUUUCUUUUUUUUUUUUUUUUUUUUUUAAAAAAAAAAAGGUAGACUACCCACCAUUGGGAAGUGCGAGGGUUUCGUUCACAAAGCGAUCGGUUCUUGUUCAUAGCUACGGAGGAUUCCCCUUAGGCGUUAAUUUGCUCAGAUGUCUCUUCUUCCUUGCCAUACUUACACAAGCGUACUGGGUAGGUGCUGCUUUGUACAUACAUAACAUACAUACAGACAGAAAGACAGAAAGACAGACAGACAGACAGACAGACAGGCAAACAGACAGACAUCCAUAAAUACAUAGUAGUACCUGGAGUCUUCCCUUUUUUCUUUCUUUUUUUUCUUCUUUUAAGGUCCUGCACUACUCGUCCAGAG